AUGGAGACGAGUUUAAUACUACAUAGAAGAAACCGUCGUUUCAGCAUAUUCAACAGAUUGAAAAAUUUGGUGUAUUCACUGGGAGAUAGGAGCGAUUUUAAAAGAUCCUUAGGGUUAAAUUGCGGGAGCUCCUACUCUUCAACAUGCCUAAAAUUAGACAUCGUCAACUUUAUCGAAGGGUUGAACGAAAAAGGUGAUAUAAAUAUAGUUCACGGAUUAAAAUUAGUGCGGGAAAAUGUUAGUACUGAAAACACUGCGGAUUUAGUGGCCCAUUUAGGCAGAGAACACCCCAACAAUCCCGAUGCUAGGUUAGACGCCUUCCUGCUAAAGAAACUCGAGGGCUAUCUGGCCAGCCAUUCGCUCAAAUUGGAUCUAAUGGAAGACGAGGAAGACGAAAACGCCGUCACCGGGCGUAAGAAGAAGCGCAAAGGAGGCGGUAAAGGCGGCAUGGGGAUGAUUUUUGCGGCUGCUGCUAUGAUGAAAAGCACGCUCUUCGCCGUGGGACUCGGCACGGUGGCUGCUUUGGCCGGUAAAGCUCUGAUGACAGCCAUGAUUUCCCUUCUUCUCUCCACCAUCAUCGGCCUGAAAUCCCUGAAAAGCGGGGGAGGAAAGUCCAACGUCGAAGUGGUGCACGCCAGCUCGCACGAUCGCACAGAUCCCCAGAGUUAUUACCAAAAUUUCAAUAAUUACGGUAACGGCAGGAGCUUGGAUGCGCCAUUGCCUCUGGGCUUGAGGGCGGAUUAUAAACCCGCUUAA